UCUUUUCAGAUGAACAAGAACGCGUUCAGAAGAAAACAUUUGUCAACUGGAUCAACUCAUACCUAUCGAAGCGAGUUCCACCGCUUCGAAUGGAUGACUUGAUCGAAGACUUGAAAGAUGGAACGAAACUUCUUGCACUACUGGAGGUGCUAUCCGGUGAAAAACUACCAGUGGAGAGAGGGCGUAACAUGAAAAGACCACACUUCUUGAGCAAUGCGAAUACUGCACUGCAAUUUCUACAGAGCAAAAAGAUCAAACUCGUCAACAUCAAUUCAUCAGACUUGGUUGACGGUAGACCACCAGUUGUUCUAGGUCUCAUUUGGACUAUUAUCCUCUACUUCCAGAUCGAAGAGAACACGAGGACUUUAGCGGCGCUAGGCCACACUUUCGGCAGCACCAGCAGCCUGGAAGGCCACAAGACGCCAGACCACGCGACAGAGAGCCGCAAGAAGGGAGAGGGAGCGAAAAAGGCCCUCCUGCAGUGGGUCUCCAACGCGCUGCCUAAGGAUGUCGGCUUGGAAGUGAAGGACUUCGGUCGCAGCUGGAGGGAUGGGUUGGCAUUCCUGGCCAUCAUUGAUGCGAUUCGCAAGGGCCUCAUCGAUUUGUCCAACUUGCGACGUGCCUCCAACCGGGCCAGGCUCGAGACGGCCUUCACCGUUGCUGAGAGGGAUCUCGGCAUUUCUAGAUUACUCGAUCCUGAGGACGUGGACGUGGACAAGCCGGACGAGAAGUCGGUGAUGACGUAUGUGGCGCAGUUCCUGCACAAAUACCCCGAGCUGCGUGCUGACACGGGUGACACGCUGACUGCAGUGCAGACCGAGUACUCGCAGCUGGUGCAGUGGCUGCUCGAACGCAACCAGUGGCUCUCCCAUCUCCGCCAGACCAACUCGCUGCCUACUAGUUAUUCUGAUUAUGCAUCGUUUGAGACUGAACUAAAAAGUAAAUCUGAAAUUUAUCUGAAACUACAGAAACUUGUCGACUCGCAAAGCCUGAUAAGCAUCACUGGAGAUGCUUGGAGGGAAGUCGACCAAUUAUGGAGAAUGCUGCUUUCACAUAUGAGAUUUUGGCUGCGUCUGCUGGACAGCCGUCUUCCACCACCCUUCAACAAAAUUGGAGAGUGGCUUUCCAAUGCUGAGGAGAUGAUUGAAUCCGAUGAGAUUCCCACCAUCAUGAACGAAGAAACUGCCACCAUUAUCAGCCGAAAGCUGGAGGAACACAAGGCCUACUUUGCUGACCUGCCCGACAUUGAAAGACUGUUCGAACAGUCGCUAACCAGCGGCAACCUACAGAGCCAGACUCAAGUGCCUCUGCAGCAGCUGGACAACAUGUCUCAGAGGCUAAGGCUCAUCGGACCACGCGCUGCGCAGAGGAGAAUCAGACUGAAAUUCCUCGAGCACAAGUGCUGCCUGAUUGCAUUCCUUCACCUGACGGAGACAAAACUGCGUGGCUGGACAGUGAAGUAUGGCCGGGAGGAGAGAGUGCAGGCCCUGCUCGACCAGUACACCAACUUUGUGUCGCGCAACCGCAUCUUCCAGGAGUUCAACAAGGCCUAUGUCGACAUGCAACAAGUCGUCGAAGAGUAUAAGCGCGAAGGCAACAUUGAUCAACGAGAGAGCAUAGCAACCGACCGUUUCAUGCGCGAAACAGCUGAUCGCUGGAAAAACGUCUCAAUGGAAUUGCGCUGUGUGCAGAGUAUGCUCGAAGAGGUCAUCAUUUUCUGGAGGCGAUGGAACACCUUGUCUGAGGAAAUUGUCAACUGGUUGAACAUCGCUGAACUGAAACUAGAACUGCCUGAAGAGGAACGUAUGGAGUUCUUUCAGGAUGUCAGUAUUUGGAAAGACAAACACCAACAACUGGGAGACACUGUUAGCUUCUUGAUUGCAACAUGCGACGAUCAAGUUAGCAACGAACUCAAGGACAAAUUCCUACACAUCAACACAAGAUGGGAGAACAUCUUCCCGCUGGUGAAGCAAUACUCACACGCAGGUGAUAUUCUGAGGAACCGCAAGGACUACCGAUCAGGUGUUGAGCACCUGCAGGCCUGGCUUAGAAACGCCGAAGCUACUCUUGGCUCGUCCCAGUUGAGCUCCACUGAGAAAAUAAAGGCAUAUGGUCAGCAGUUGCAGGUCCUGCAAUCUGAAAUUGAAGGAAUGGAAGAGCUAUUCAAGAAUGUCAGCCGAAAAUUCCAAGGAUUAAUUCAAGACCUUUCCAGAGAGGAGGUCGAUAGGAUGAUGAACACACUCAAAAAGGAGAAAGAGGCACUAGUGAAGGUGCGCGCACUGAUCCCCCUGCAGCUGCAGCUGUUCCACCAGAUCCUGGUGCAGCAGGAGUCGCUGGAGGCGGGACAACGAGAGAUCGGCCAAUGGCUGGACAGCGCCGAGGCUCUGCUCGCCACAAGCCACGCCCACCAAGGCAAGGAGGCUGUGCAGGCCACCCUCGAAAAGCACAAGGCAUUCUUCUCUCGCAUGCUAUACUACAAAUCAAUGCUGGAAAGCAAGAACAAAAUCUUCCAGAGCAUCAUCAAGUCAGUGGACCACAGUGAGGGAAUUGACACUGAGGAGUUUCUGAGCAAAAUGGCGUCGCUCAACGAUCGAUUCGCCAGGGUCGCCCAUCAGGCCAACAUUGCUGAACAGAAACUGCAAGAAGCUAUCAGGUGCUGGCAUAACUACAGAGAGAUUGAACGAGUGAUUAUCGACUGGCUGCAAACUGCUGAGAAGUUGAUGGCUGAACGUCAAAUUGAUUCCAAGCAGACUAUUGAAAAUCACAAGAGCUUCUUCGAGCACGUCAAUGAUCGUUGGAUUAUUGAUUUAGAAAACACAGCUCAGGAUUUGAAAAAUUGCCUGCCUCCUGAACAUCAACAUCCCAUCAAUGAAUCGACUAACGUUCUCCAACAUAGAUGGCGGGAAGUGAUGUCGUUCAUACCUCUGCACCUUGUGAGACUUGAAUUCCGAUUGGACGAGUCGGCCUUUGCUCAAUUUAUCAAGCAACUUGAAAAGGAGCUCAAUGCCGAAAUUCAAGCUUUUAACAAGAGUGAAGAUGUCGCUACAAUUUUGUCAAGAAAUAAGGAACAUUUUGUAUCCGGUCGCAUCGUGUCUGACGUCAAGAAGUGUCUUCAAAACAUGGAGAAAAUCAGUACGACUUGGCGCGGCAGUGGUCCCGAAGAAGCCGCUCUCAAAGAGUCGGUCAGGAAGUGUGUCACCCAAUGGGAGGCAUUGUCAGCCAAAGCCAAGUCAUUGAGGAAUCAACUCCAGGAAAUUCCUGAUCAAUGGGUCUCGUACAGGCAAAGAUUUUCCGAUAUGGUACGGUGGAUGGAUACCGUUGAUAACAGUGUCAAAAAUAUCCUAAAGGAGUUGGCAACAGCAGAAGAAUUCGAGAAAGAGAAGAUUAUUUUCCAGGGAAUCUGCCGUGAAGUGGACGGCAAGAGGGAGGACAUGAAGUGGCUGGUGCAGAAGUUGGAUGCGCUGAGCAGUCACUCUGCAGACGCGGGCGAGGAGCAGCGCAAACUCGAACAGCUGAUCGCCCGCUACAAAAACCUCAUUCCUACCAUAGAGAUGACUGUCACCAGGACGGAGCUCUAUUCAAAGUGCUACACUUACAGGAAGGAGGUCAAAGAGGUAUGCAACCUGUUGGAAAAGGUGAAACAGAGCACGGUUCCACGGCCCGAGACACUCACCUCGGUGGAGUCACUGCUGAAGCAACAGGAGACAGCCGUCGCCCAGCUGGAUGCACAACGUGGCAACAUUGUCAGCAUGCUACAGCGAGGAAAGGAGUUGUCCAAGGAUGCGGCAGCGCCGCAAUUCAUCAGGGAACAAGUCAAGUGUCUCGAGACAGAGUGGAAUCAGGCCUACAACCAGUCGCUUGACAAACUCAACAAGCUCAAAGGAACACAGAAGAUGUGGCUGAAUUACCAGGAGCAGAAAGACGAGAUCCUAGCACUUCUCGAAAAAGCUGAGGAAGAACUGAGGAAGAUCAACGCCGGCAACUAUGAUUCUCGGCAUAUCUCUACCGAACUGCGCAGUAAACAGGAAUUGAGUUCUGCGCUGAGAGAAGCUAUGGAGAGUAUGCUCUGCAAACUGAGAGAUUUGUCCGCUGGAUUGAGCAGUGUUACUGCUCCUGAUAGGAAACCUCUCAUUGCUAAGGAGGUUAUGGAAAUAGAAAGCCGGCUAAAGGACACUCUGCACUUGGUGGAUGAGAGAGUGGUUGUUUUGGAGAAGAUGCAGGCUCAGUGGUCUGGUCUUGAGUCGGAGAUAGCUGCUCUGAAAUCUUGGUCCAAAGAAGUACCAGUCAUUCUAGAGCAAAUCAGCAAGAUGGAGGUAUCGCCCAAAGAUCGGCUGCAGAAGGCUCAAACGCUGCAAAUGCAGUUACAGGCAAAGCAGGCUGUUCUUGCUCACCUCAAUAAAGAAACCGAGGGAAUUGAAGACGAUAGCGACAGUGACGAAGCAGUGAAGUUGAAGCGUGAAGUGGCCAGCCUUGAACAGGGCGUAGCGACGCUGCGACGUGACAUUGAGGCGCAGAACGUGGCGUUGCAAGGUGAACUGGCCACCUGGGCGGAGUACGAGGCGGGCCUCAACCGGGUCAAGCCCUGGCUCGAGCGGGCUGAGCUGCAUGUCGCCAUGAGCCAUGCCAAGCCUGUCACGCUCGCCGAUGCUCAGAAGCAGUUGCAGGCUUCUAAGGACUUCAACGACGAAUGCCGCGAAAGCCAUACACAGAUCGUGCAGCUGACGACACUGAGCAGCCAGCUGACGCGACAGACGAUCGCGCGUGACACAACCGACGCGCUGCAGUCGCGCUGGCAGGCGGUGAACGGCGCCGCGACGCAGCGCGCGUCAAAGCUGGAGCGACUGGUCGCGCUAUGGAAGGAGAUGCAGGACACCGCUAGCAACAUGGAGGAGUGGCUCGCCAAGCCUGAGUUUGCCAUCCUUCUCAAGGACCUGCCGAGUCCUUCCACUAUGACCACUGAGCAGCUGGAGAGGCAGCUUAUCGAAAUGAAGGAGUUCAACACACAACUUGGAACCGCUCAAACCGACGUUGGAACUCUGUCGCAAACCGCCGAUUUUAUCACUCAAAGUCUCGCCCUGGAGGGAGCAACAGCUGUCAAGAACAAAAUAGCCGAAUUGAAGUACAAUUUGGUGAGGCUGCUCGACGCUGUUAGACAGAGAGCUAAUCUGCUCAACGAAGAGCUAGCCACAAGACAAGAGUUCAGGACAGUAAUGGACAACUUCUCGGAAUGGAUGCUGAACCUGGAUGGUCGGAUCGCGUCUGUGGGCACAAUUGCGCCGCAAAAGACCGACGAGGCUCUGCAGACUGUACACUCGCUGCUGCAGGAGCACUCGGACAAGCAGCCCGUCUUCCAGAACAUCUACGACCGUAUCAAGAAGGUCACCAACAGUGCAGCGCCGCAGGAGGCUGACAAACUCAACGAAAUGUACACGCACAUUGCCGCCAAGUACCAGGACAUCGGCGAACUACUGCAAAGCAAACGAUCGGCGCUCGAGAAGUGGUUGGAGCUGCUGAGCUGGGGACAGGGCGCCGCACAGCAGUUGGACCACGUGAAACGGCAACUCGAGUUGAGCGAGCCACUCGACCAGGCCGAGGCCGAGCUGCGACGUGUGGAGGCCGAGCUGCACUCGUGGAGCGAGGUGGCGCCGGCCCUAGACCUGCUCUGUCAGCAGAGUAACACCGAGGUCGGUGGUCGCAGUGCCAAGGCGAUCGUAGAGCAACUGCGUGACAAGGCUGAUGCUCUCAGAUUACAAAUCAGUUCAAAGAAGGAGCUCAUAGAGAAGGUUGGAAAACAUUGGACCCUCUUCCAAGAUAUCCAGCAAAAGCUAUCAGAAAACCUGCUUGACACUCAGGGGAAAGUACAGGAACUUGUAUUCAAUACAGACUCUUGUCCAAAACUCAGCGCAGCAGUCAAAGCCUUAGAAAAACUUUCCGAACAUCACAAAUCUUCCAAAGACCUCAAGGAUGAUCUGGUCAAGGAGGGAAAAGUUCUCAUGCUUGAAGAUGAAAGCAACGCUGCUACUGUUCAAAAUAUUCUAACUUCUGUCGAUGUGAAUUGGGAGAAAGUGAAUGAUCUGAUCAAAAACGAGCGGGAAAAGUUUGAUGAACUGAACAUGACGUACAAAAAGUUUAUCCAAGCUAAGGAGAAGUUCUACACUGGACUGAAAGCAGCUGAAGCUACGCGGAUUCCUGAUGAAUCUCCGCCUAAUGACACCACUCAAGCCGCUAUUGUAACAGAGAAAGCGAAGAAGUCUAUGGAAGCUGUUACAAAAGCUAAAAAACCACUAGAUGUCAUGGAUAAAAAGAGUGAGAUUAUCUCCAAGAAAGCGGAAGAGAUAUCGAACUUCAACAUUGAUGAAAUAGAGAGCGAAGUGAUCACGGCUCGUGAUAACUGGAAAUCGUUGUAUGACCUAUUAAACCAAAAAGUGCAGAACUCAGAGGCGCAACUCGUUAUUUGGAAACAGAUUGACGACUCCAAAAAUGAUUUACUUCAGUGGUUGGGUACCACAAAUUCAAGGCUCGGUGAAGCUGUCAAUAAUAUGACUGAUACAGCAUCAGGUCAAAAUGUUCUCACAGCUUACAAGAACGAACUAACCAAGCAGCAAGCUGUUAGGGCGAGCAUUGCAUCAAAAACUCAACAAUUAGUUGAACUCAAUAAGGACAAAUCAAUUCCUACAUUGGAAUCUCUGUCUAAAUUGUUAGAUGAUGAGUUUGCAGAAGUUGCUGAGCUGGCUGGAAAACUGGAGAACGUAACUAGUACGUUUGGGGAUGGAGAGAAGAAGAUUAAGAAGGAUAUGAAGUCGGCGAGUUCGGAGAUUAAUAAGAUAAGGGAACAGUUGAUCAAGUGUGACAAUCUGACAGGUGAGAAUUCGAAGAUUUUGGACAGGUUGAAAACUUGUCAAACCAUGAAGAAAGAGUUGGAGAAGGUUAACUUGCGUUUACAGAGCAUUGACAAAGAUGCGGACUCUAUGAAGAAUAAGUUCCCGUCGUUCAAAGAUUCGGCAACGAUGAAGGAUUUGGACGGUUUGAAGAAACGGUACUCGGGAAUUGUUUCUCAUGCGAACAAAAUUGAGAAGACGUUGAUUGCUUUCCUGACUAAGCAUCACAAGGAGAAGCUGGGUGCUCUUCAGAGAAGUAUCGCUAGUUAUAAAGAGAAAGUCACGUGGUGUCAGCCGGAAUCAGGCAGUGAUCGGUACAACUUAGAAGCGAAACUCGCAUCCCUGCAGGAUGUCAAAUCUGGUCUGCAGGAAUGUGAGAACAAGAAACGAGAACUGGUCGACUCCAUUGAUUCGCUAGCUGAUAUCGAAGGCGAAGUCGAUAUCCAGGAAUUGAAAACCGAAAGAGAUGUCGUUGUCAAAGACCUGGAAGCACUCCGUACCAAGUAUGACAUGACUAAAGCGAUUUUGGAAGAUUUUGUUGGACUGUGGCGCGGCUACGAACAGAAAUCUGAGGCGUUCUCCAAUUGGUUGAAAGAUAAGGAAGCUCAAGUGCGUUCAUUGGGAAGUGUACAGUCGGAUCUCUCCAACAUCGACAGUAAAGUGAAAGAAAUUGAAGAUUUCCAGCUGGAGAUCUCAAAAAUGGAGCCAGAAAUGAAAGAAAUCGAAAACUGCAGUAAUGAGAUCAUGAAGAAAAGUCCGGAGUCAAGAGUUGGGCACAACACACAACAAUUUGUUGCUCGCUACCAGGCUCUGAUCAAAUUCGUUUCCUCAUAUAUUGAGAAACUUGAAACAUUGAAGCAUAAUCAUAACCUUUACAACGAUACAGUGAAGAAAGCUGAAGCCUGGUUGGAUGAGGCCAAUAAGAAGCUGAUCACGUUUGACGAAGCUUUAAAAACUGGUGCUAAACCUUCCCUCUAUCAGGAGAAGUUGAAUGAUUUGAAAACAUUCACUGAAGAGAGGGAACAAGGGCAGGUUCUAUUGAAUAAUGCGAUUGAAAAGGGAGAGAACUUGUUCCCUGAAAUCACGCCUUCCAACAGGGACACAAUUAGAACUCAACUUAGAGCAUUGAGGGAUUCAUCAGAGUCGUUGAUUGACAAAUCAAACGCAAUAACUAAACGUAUUGAAGGAAUGUUGAUGCAGAGAUCGUCGUUUGAUGACAGCUACAACCAGGUGACUCAGUGGUUGCUUGAUACUGAUGCUAAAAUCGGUGACAAGAUUGAGUUGAGACCAUCUCUACAAGAGAAGAAGUUAGCCCUCCAUAAUUAUCGAACAUUGGCUCAGGAUGUCAACUCACACAACUCCAUAUUCAAACAGUUACAAGAUAAAUUAUCGGUAAUCUCUGAUCCUGAAGCUAGCAGCAGAUUAGAUGAGAUUUUGAAUCAGUAUGCUGAGCUAACAAAGAAAGUUGAUAAACGGGUGAAUAUUUUGGAGAAGUAUGUUAACGAUCAUGAAUCAUAUCUGCAAGAUCUUGAACGAUUCAAGGACUACCUCAACACACUUACAGCUGAGGAAGCGAACCUGGAUAAAGAUACUCCCGAUAUUCAGCUCGCAAACAUUGAGAAUCUUCUGCUCCAAAAAGACGACGGCGAAAAACUUCUGGCGUUGUGUGAUAAUAAAAUUAAAACAGUAUUGGAAGAGACUGAGAAAACUGGGCAUGGUGCUUUACAGAAAGAGCUUAACGAGCAGAAAAAAGCGUGGAAUGCGUUCUUCGCCAAGUGUAACGACAAUGUAGAGAGACUUCGACAACAAUGUAGCAGAUGGGUGAGAUUUGAGGAGAAACUGGACGAGAUCACAGGCUGGAUAAAGCAGAAAGAGAGUCAGGUGAAGGAUCAGAGUUUGAAGAGUACCCAGGAAACGAAGCAGGCGCAUCUUGAUAAACUGAGGGCGCUGGAAGAGGAAAUUGUGUUGAAAGCCGAGGAAAUCAGCGCGUUGCAGACCGAAUCUGUUGAAGCAGAUCCCGAGGUUGUGGAGAAAGUGUCCAAGCUGUCAACCAGAUAUCAAGCGCUUCGCAACCAAACUAAGGAAGCAGUAGCGCGCUACGACCAAUUUGUAAGGGAACACCUUGAGUUGAAUGAGAACUACGCCAAGUUCGUGGCCUGGCUGAGCGGAGUCCAGGAUGAACUGAAGCAACAUGGUCAGAUUGUCGGCGACCUGUCUGUGCUCCAGCAGAGGCAGAAGAAGAUGCGGGAGCUGGGUGAUCUGAGGUCGAAAGAGAGCUCGGUGUUCGAGUCGCUCGUCGAACAGGGGGAAAACCUGUAUGCCCAGACAUCGCCUGAUGGUCGCGAGAUUAUUAGGCAACAGUUGAGAGCGUUGAGGACUCAAUGGGAGAAAUUCUCAGAAGAUUUGCAAAGUGGAACACAUAAGCUGGACCAAUGCCUGCUUCAGUUCGCCGAGUUCUCACUCUCGCAGGAACAGCUAACCAAGUGGCUGAAGGGGGUCGAGGAGACGGUGCAACAGCACACUGAGUUGAAAGCCUCUCUACAGGAGAAACGAGCUCAGUUGCAGAAUCAUAAGAUAAUUCAUCAAGAGAUAUCCUCUCAUCAGCAACUGGUCGAUUCAGUGUGUGACAAGGCGGAGAAACUAAUUGAAGAAACCCAGGAUAAAGAAUUGAACAUUAUAAUUCAAUCAAUUAAACAACUCUUCCAGCACAUUAUGUUGAAGUCACAAGAUCUUCUGAAUAGCCUUGAGAGUAGUGUCGACAAGCACAAGAAAUUCAGCGAUGAAUGUGAAUCAUUCAAAGAUUGGCUGAAUGCGCAGAAGCAAAAAUUGGAAGACUGCGACGACAUCACUGGAGAGAAGGCGGAUGUUGUGAAGCAAAUGGAAACGCUUAAGGCUAUCAAAUCAGAUUUCAAAGAAGCAGACAAGAAGCUCAAUGACCUGGAUAAUUUGUUCAGUGCAGUGAGUGAGAGUACCACAGAAAAGGGAGUUACUCUGCUGGAGAAAGAAGUAAAGAAGCUAACUGAUGCUAAGAAUCAACAUCAAGCACACAUUGAUGCUGUGCAAGAGAAACUGAACAACACACUCUCUCAAUGGAAAGAAUUCGAGAAUAAUUUGGAUUCUCAUACAAAAUGGUUCCGUGCAACAGAAGGGGCAUUCAGGGAUCAACAACUGAAGGCUACUUUUGAAGAAAAGGAAAAACAACUGGGCACUUUCAAAGAGAAGAGACAACUGAUCACUGAUAAAGAGAAGGAGAUUGAUUCAUUCGUCGAUCAGUCGCACGCUCUGUUGCAUGCCAGUGGUGCAGAUAAACUCAAACCUCUCAUCUCUCAAAUCAGCAACAGGUACCAACUGCUGCAUGUGCUAAGCAAGGAGGUGAUGAACCGAUGGCAAGGAUUGGUGGAGGACCACCGUACCUACAACGAGAAGUUGGAUGAGACGAAGCGAUGGUUGGUGCCGAUGGAGGAGCAGUUGGCAAGCCUGCAGGCCACUGCCAGUCGUGCCAACCAUGAGGCCAGCGCUGUCAAGUUGCAGGCACUGGUGGCCGAACGGGAGCAGGCUGCUCACAGGUUGACAAAUCUGACUUCAGCUGGUGAACGGCUAUACCCGGAUACAGCGGCAGCGGGUCGAGAGACUGUCAGACAGCAGCUCCGUGAAGUCAGAGACAGAUGGGAUGUAUUGGAAGAAGGCAUCAAAGAGCAGCAGAAACUGCUGGAUGCGCAGUCAUUGCAGUGGAACAGCUAUCAGGAGAGCUUGGCUCAAAUGCUGGCCUGGUUGGAUGGAGUUGAGAAAAACCUACAACAGGAUCCAUCCGCAUCACUUGGCUCUACGCAAGAAAUUCGUACGAAGCUCAUCAAGCACAAGACAAUUCUGCAAGAAGUGCUUUCACACAAGAGAGCACUGGAAAUGCUGGCUGAUAAGGCACAGAGCCUUUCGCCACAAGUGGACACCGGCAAAAUCAAGGAGGCCGUGGCAUCGGUCAACAAGCGCUACGAAGAACUUGUCAACAAACUGCUGGAGAACAUCACUCAGCUGGAGGAGUUCCUCGACUCAUUCCAAAUGUUGACCGAAUUGCAGAAAGCGCACCAGGAUUACAUGAAACAGCUGUGGGAUCGUUUGUCUGGGUUGUCAGAUGCCAGUGGAAACAAAAUUGUACUUCAAGGACGUCUUGAAAAACUGAAAGAAAUUGAAGAAUGUAUUCCUGACAGCAAUGCUCGAUUGAAGACACUCGAAGAGCAUAUAUCUAAAAUUUCAAAUAAAAUUCCGUCCCGGGCAAAGGAGAAUAUGGAAAGGGAUGUAGCUAACUUAAAAUUUGAUCACGAUAAGUUCAAGCGGUCAUUGGGUGAUGCAAAGCAGAACCUGGAAGGCAGACUGGCACAAUGGGCUGAAUACGAGAGCUGCCUGGAGAGACUGCUCGGCUGGCUUACUGAGUCGGAAGCCGCUCUCAAAAAUUAUUCCACACUGAAUACACUUGAUGAGAAACAAGAGCAACUCUCCAAAUAUCAGGACAUGGUAAAGCUAAUAGAGUCAAGAGAAAAAGAGGUGUCAGAGACAGUGACACUUGCUGAUCACCUGGAGCAAACAAUGCUGGUAAGCAUCAGACAAAGUGAGGUUGAACUGGAUAAGUUGACUGAUGACUCAUCCGAGCUGGUGCAGAUGAGUGGUGAGAUGAAAAUAUCAGUCAGCAUUCAGCAGAUCAUUUCCCGCUUCCAAUCUAUUCAGACUACAGCUAAGGAGAUCGUUAAGAAAUGCGAACAGGCUGUGAAAGACCACGAACUGUACCUGGCCAAAUACAAGGAGUGCUCUAACUGGUUGAGCAGCGCACAGCAGAAGUACAACGCAGCCUGUCAGCUGGCCGACGAAUCGCAGGUGUCGCAGAAGAGCCUCGAGUCACAGCUGGCACAGCUGGGCGCGCUGUUGUCUGAACGGCCAACAGCUGUUCUGCUGCUGAACGCAACAGUGGAGCUGGGUGAGAAGCUGUACCCUUCGACAGCUGUGGAUGGAAGGGAGGCCAUUAGUUCUCAGCUGGAGGAACUGCAGACGUCUCUGGAGGCGCUCUAUGAUGGAGUCAGCAGUACGGAGCGCGAGUUGCAGGCUAAACUGUCCAGAUGGAGUGGAUUUGAAGAAUGUGUUGAAAGCUUGCAGAGGUGGCUACGUGAGGCUGAAGCUUCACUGCCAGCUGAACCUGAACUGAAGGCCACAUUGGAUGAGAAGCGCGCCCAACUACAGGCCUACAGAGCGGUCCUUCAUGAUGCAACAAUCCACCAUCAAGACAUUGUCAAGUUGAGAGACAAAAUAGAGUCGUUACCAGUUCGGAAUGUCCAAGUGGAUCAGCAACUAGCAACUCUGACACAGCAACAUGCCAAGAUACUGAAGAGAGCACAGGCUUUCGUGGAGCGGUAUGAAGCGAUAGUGGGUGAUCACCAGCAGUACACGAAGGCAGUGAUGGAAACUCAAGAGUGGUUGGAUGCUACACACAACACAGUUCUCUUGUGGGGGGAUCUCGACCUUGAACGAAUAUCAAUGCAUACUAACCUUGAACGUCUCAAGAACCUUCAACUAAGUUUACCUGAAGAAGAGCCACGAAUCGCUGGGAUCCGUGCUCUGGGCGAGAAGGUGUUGCCAGGUACAAUAGCUGAGGGCCAGGUCAACAUUAGAGCGCAGAUUGAUUCAUCUCAACAAGAAUGGGAAGGCCUAGUGUCAGCCGUCAAGUCGACCAUGGAAGCAUUGGAGGGAAAACUGCAGCAAUGGAGUGAAUAUGAAGUGAUGAAAGACAAUUGUCUGGUAUGGCUCAGAGAGACUGACACAAAACUACAUGCUGUGGAUCUGAAGCCUACUUUGGAAGAGAAAAAGCAGCAACUUGAAAUCCUCAAGGAACUGCAAGGCGAAGUUCGUGCCAAAGAACUGGAAAUGGAUUCAGUGACCGAAAGAGCUCAGCAAUUGCACAAAGCAUCAACACGCAGCUCUCAGAUCACUGAGUUGGCACAAAAGUACCAGCAAGUUUCUUCAAAAGUCAAGGACCUGAACAGCCGUUGGCAGCAGUAUGUGCAGAGUCAUUUGGAGUUUGAUAGUUUUAUUGCUGAGUGCUCUCAGUGGCUGGAAGGCAUCAAAAGCAAACUUCAGUACUGCUCAGAUCUCAGUGCAUCUUCACAGAAAGAUCUUGAAGGCAAAUUUGAGACAAUUCAGGACCUACUUUUGUACAAAGAGGAAGGAUUCAGCAAGAUCCAGGGCUCAGUUGAUUUGGCACAGAUAGUGUUGGCCAAUACUGCUCCAGCCGGACACCAGCCAAUCAACCAGGCCCUUGCUUCACUGCAGGAACAGUGGAGCGCACUCGCCACUAAAAUGGUCGAAAUCAAGACGAUUCUUGACGACUCCAUUCAAAGAUGGUCGGGCUUCUUGGAACAAAUCCAUCAACUGAACAAAACUGUUGGCUACUUGGAGGCCGGCUAUGCCGAAACUGUUGAAUUCCAGGCUACCUUGUCGGAGAAACGAGCUCAAUUGGAGAGAAUCAAGAGUCUGGAUGAGAAAGCACGUUGUGAGAAGAUUGAGGUGGACAGUUUGAAGGCGAAGGCAGCCGAGAUGCUGGCCAGUGGUCAACAAAGCCACGCUGCCACUCAAGCUCAAGAAAUCCUCGACAAGUUCGAUGCACUUGCUGAGAACAUCAAGAGCCUGCUAUCGUCGCGCGAAGAACAGUUACGCGACCACCGCGCCUACAAGGAGGCUUCCGACGAGCUGAUGCUGUGGCUGACGCGGGCGCGCGAGAAGGUGCCAUCAAUGAAGCAGCGAUCGCUGAGCGACAAACUGGCCAUCGAGACGGCGGUGACGCCACUCGACUCGCUGCUCAACAAGAAGGCGCAGGGAGAGCUGCUGGUCGACCAUCACAACACCACUGCGCAGGUCACACUGGCCAGCACCUCGCCCCAAGGCCAGGAGGCCAUUGCCAACGAAGUGCGCGCCAUGGCCGAAAGCUUCCACAACUUGUUCAGAGAAAUCCAAGAGCAGAAGGAUCAGCUGGAAGCUAUGGUAUUCCAAUGGCGCGAAUACAAGGAAGAGUAUGAGCGUCUUUCAGACUGGCUGCAGCAGAUGGACAUUCUUGUCAAGGCACAGAAAACCGCUCUUCUGUCGACCGUGCAAGAGAAAACUAAACAAGUUUCCGAUGUGCGAGAUGUUCUUGAUCAGCUAGAGAAAGGAGAAGGUCAGAUCACAAGAUUCAACCAGACUGCUUCCUCUCUGCUGUCUUCCCAUUUGGACACUUAUGUCAGUAACCAACUGCGACAUUUGAACUCUAGAUAUCAGGUGCAAGUUAAUUUGGCAAAAGACGUGCUGAAGAAGGUGGAGACCAACAUGGAGCAGCACAAGCAAUACGAGGACAAUCUGACCAAAGCCAGGGCGUGGAUUGAGAACGCCAAAGAAGUGAUCAGACAAUGCAGUCAGGCGUCAUCCAAUAGCAGUCGAGAGACGUUGGAAUCCAGACUGCAACAGAUUCAGGACCUACUGCGCAGUAGAGAAGAAGGCCAAGCGCUGAUCCACACGACAGUGAACUGCGGCGAGAAGGUGCUGCGGAACACGAGGAGCGACGGUCGCGACACCAUCAACGCGGCACUGAAGGACAUCCAGAACGAGUGGGAGCGACUGGUGAAGAAGAUAUCGACUGCCAAGGUGCAUCUGGAGACGAGUCUCCUGCAGUGGGCCGAUUAUUCGUCCUCCUAUUCGCAGCUGCAGCAGUGGAUCACCGACCGUGAGGCCAAGCUGCAACAAGUCUGCGAGCAGAAGGUUUCGAAAGCAAAGAAAGGCCAAGCGUCAGGCCUGAGCUCUCUGAGCAUCGGCGAGCGCAAGGCGACGCUGCGUCAGACCAACAGCAUAGUCCAGGACAUCGUGUCAUUCGAGCCGAUGAUCCAGUCGGUCACCUCCAAGGCCGAAGACCUCCUGCAGGCGGCGCCCGCCUCGGAGAUCUCCAACAAAUACGAGACACUCAGCAAGCAGGCCAAGGAGCUGUAUGCCAAGCAGAAGGAGACCGUUGAACAGCAUCAGGCGUUCAUUGACACCGGCAACGAGUUUGGCCAAUGGCUGCGGGCCGCCAAGGAGAAGCUGGGCAAAUGCUCGGAGCCGACCGGUGAUAAGGAAUCUCUCAGCAACAAGUUGUCCCAGUUGAAGGUUCUACAAAAUGAGCUGAGUGACGGUCAAGCCAAGUUAGAGAAGGCCCUGCAACAGGGAGAAGUGGCCUGUGCCAUAGCCGACCCUGAAGACAAGGAGGUCAUUGAAGAAGAGGUGGCUCUGCUGCAAGAGGACUUCGACACUUACGUCGAGUCCCUCGGACGAACCAAAACUCUGCUAGAGGAAGGAACAGUGCGCUGGACCGAGUAUGAAGAACAGCAUAGAGACGCCACUGAAUGGCUGACUCAAACUGAAACUCUGGUCCAGUCUUACAACCGACUACAGGACAGUCUGGAGGAGAAGAAGAACGUUCUGGAACAGUUCCAGGUGCACCUGCAGACGCUGUUCGACUGGCAGAAGGAGUUGGAUCGGCUGAACAUGAAGGCGCAGGCGCUGUUGGAGACGUGCGCCGACACGCGGAUCUCGAACGCCGUCACGCAGAUGACCACCAAAUACAACGCGCUGCUCUCAUUGGCCAAGGAGGUGAUGCGGCGGCUCGAACUGCACUACCAGGAGCACCAACAGCACUGGACGCUCUACCAGGAGUGCCAGGAUUGGGUCGACCGCACCAGGGAUAAGGUAAAUGAGUGCCAAGAGCUGCCAAAUACACUGUCAGAAGUGAAUAACCGACUGCAAACCGUGAAAGCAAUCAGGCAAACACUGGAGCAGGGCCAGAAUCGACUCCGAUACGCCAUGGAGCUCAAAGAACGAGUCAUCUUGAACACUGAGGUGAAUGGAGCUGCCAAAAUACAGGAGGACACCGAUACAUUGCAACAGGAACUGGAGAGACUUGUUUCAGAUGUUCAGGAGCUGAGAACAAAACUAACAACUAGAGCAACCCAACUGGAGGAAGUGCACAAGGCAGGAAAACUUCUAGCUGAGUGGCUGGAAGAAAUCGAAGCCAAGGUCAACCAGAGCGAUGCCCAGCUUCUCAAUGAUCUCAGUGAGAAGAAGGCCACUCUAGAAAAGCUGCGAUCUUUGUUGCGUGAAAUUAAUAAUCAGAAUGAGCUGGUGGAACGUGUGAAAAGUAGACUAGCUGAUGAUCCCACUCUACCAGCCAAAGAUUUCCAGCCGAGUCUGGACAAAUAUAAAACUCUCCAUGAUAUAGUGAGUUCCAAAAUUUCAACCUUGGAGUCGCAUGUGAAGGACCACGAGGCUUAUAAGAACGCUCAUUCGGAAACUCUUGACUGGCUUCGUAAGACAAGAAUCACUAUCCAACAGUGUGGGGAUUCUCACGGUGAGAAGGUUGCAACACUAGAGAAAGAGCGGAAAGUUGCGGAAAUUCUUAACACACUUCCAAUCGGCGAAAAACUAGUGGAAAAGACACUGUCAGCCAGCAAAGUAGUACUUGAAACAACCGGCUCAGAAGGCCAGGAAAGCCUCCGCCAAGAGAGUCAACAGCUGAGGGCCGACUGGGAGUCUCUCAAGCAACUCGUGAAGGAAACGCAAAGCGUGCUUGCCAAGUGCAUUGCCGCCUGGAACGACUUCACCAACACCAAAGACAAAACUAAGGCUUGGAUUGAAGACUUCCAGAAAAAGGUGAAUGCAGAGGUUGACGAUGGUGAACGCAAGAAGCCGGAGGACUUGCAACGUUGCCACAACCUGUUGCAAGAGGUUGUGUCGCAGAAGGCGUCCGUGGAGGAGCUCAGUGACCGGUGUGAGGCACUCAUGGAGCUCAGCGCAUGCGCGUGGGUGCGCGAUGAAACUGUUCAACUCCAAACGGCCUACACUGCUCUGCUCACUGCUGUUCAAGGGCUCGUUUCACGCGUCGAGAAGAAUCUGUCCGAUCACACAGAGUUCCUGAAGGCCAAGGAGGAGACAGAGGGCUGGCUGCAGCGUGCCCAUGGUACCGUCAAGGACUGCAUCGGUUCUGGUGACAUCCCGUGGACUAAGGACAAGCUGGAUACCAUCAAAUUGGUCGCCACUCGGAUGACUGAAGGACAACAUCUGAUGUCCGGCAUGCAGGAGGUGUUCACGAAGGCCGUGAAUACGACACCAGCUGAUCAGCAGGAUCAGCUGAGAGAGGCGAUGACCGAGCUGCGUAACAGCUGGGAUCAGCUGACGAUGGACCUGAACUCGGUUACCGCUCAGCUGAAGGCACUGCUCGCCAGGUGGGAGGACUUCUACGACGCACGCAACAAACUGGAGAGCUGGCUGAAGGACACGGAGAAGAGAAUCGCCGAGAAGAGCGACUCCAAGGCUGAGCUCGGCGAGAUGAAGACCCUGCUUGAAAGGUACAAGCAUAUCCAAGAGGAAAUCCAACAACGCCAUGACGACCUAGAACAUUUGCUGAAAGAAAGUGCCGACCUGGCGAAAUGUGCCGGCAAAGCAGACGUUCAAAACGAGACGAAAGCUCUGGAGAAAGAGUGGGAGAAACUGAAUGCCGAAUGCGGCAGGAGGCGAGAGUCGAUCGAGAAGGAAAUCCAAGAGCACUCUUCGUACCAGAACUCGCUGCAGGACACUGAGAAGUGGCUGCUGCAGAUCUCGUUCCAGCUGAUGGCGCACAAUUCGCUGUACAUCACCAAUCGCGAGCAAACGCAGGAGCAGAUUGUGCAACAUGAUGCUCUCCUUGCUGAGAUUCAGAGGUACCAAACAACCCUAGACGACCUGAAAGCAAAAGGCCGCAGUCAGAUAGAGCGCUACCUGGUGUCGACUCCCGACAUCCAAUCGGCCAUUGAACACCAGCUGAGCAACGUGCAGGAGAGCUACAACUCGCUGCUUCACACCGCCAGACAAAUCAAGUCCAGGCUGGAGGAGUCACUCGCCAAGUUCAAGGAGUACGAGGACACCCUCGAGAGUAUCAUGGCCAACCUGGACGAUUAUGAACGACAAAUCAACCAGGAAUCAGCUCCGGCUGAGAGGUUGGCUGAGGUUCAACAACAGUUGGAGACUACUAGGCUCCUGCACAAUAAACUGCAAGGCGAGAAGUCGCGACUGGCUGUGGCCGUGCAAGCGUGCGAAGCGGCCGCUGCUUGCAUCUCGCGGCCGAGCAGCCCAAUGGAAGCGUCGGCGCCCAUCCCCGACCGCGAGAUCGCCGUCCGCAUCCGCCUCGAAGACCUCAUCGACCAGAGCAAUACAAAUCCGGAAGAACCAACCUCGAUUCGUUUGAAAAAACUUCUUAAGAGAUUGGAAGAUGAGGGUGUUCUCGAUAAAGUGGAAUCCAUGUGCACAAAGGUGCAAAAUAGGUUGUCAACACUGGGCUCUAGUGCUAGUGAACUGGAGGAGAAAGAGCGUGAGUUGGCAGCACUGGGUCAGUUGAUAAAAGAGCAGACUGCGCAUGUCACUGAGUGGCGGUCAAAGCCUGCCAAGCUCAGAACUGAUGCCGCGCGGUCUGAGAUCUCCAACAUGCAGGAACUUCUGACAACAGUUGGUGACAAAAAAAUGAAACUAAUAACUGAGGGAGGUUCAGCUGAUGACAAGGACCUCGAUAACCAACUUGAUGAGCUGGAACGCCUGUUGAUGGACACUAUUGCGAAGAAACAAUCGGAGCAAAGUCUGAUGGACCAGUACAGAAACACAGCACAGGAGACCCAGUCCUGGUUGGAGUCCCUAGGGAAGAGACUGGAUGUAUUGGAGAAGGGCAGUGGCCUUGAUUGCAUGCAGAAGUUGACGACUUUGGCUGAAAUCGGCUUGGAGUUCAACGACAAUGCUCUGCCGAAAGUGAAUGAAGUCAAGGCUCUGGCCAAUCAGGUCAUGGCUGUUGUUACGAAUUUGGACUCGCAGCAAGUUGAAGAACAGUUGAAGGCAGUUGAAAGGAGGUACAACGACAUUGCAAAGAGGAUUCAGCGCAAGGCUCAGGUGCUAGAAAGCACAAAGAAGGGACUGGACUCGGCUCAGCAAGAAGUGGCUCAGGCGCGUGAGUGGGUCCAGGCUAAAAUGGCGCUUGUCAACAAUCCUCCUCCUUUAGGGUUCGACUCUAAAGCAGCUGAUGAACGACUAUUAGUUCUUAGGAACACGCUGAAAGAAGCGGAAGGCAAGCAGUCGCUAGUGGAGGCGGUAGACAAGCGACUGGCAGCGCUCCACGCGGAACUCGAACCAAGCGAAAUAGAUGAGCUGGAAGGCGGAUGUCUGCGGCUGCUGGAGUGCGAGGUUGCCGAGUUGACCGGCGGGCUACGUGCGGAAGUCAGCCGCGUUUCGGCCGCCGGCCAGGAGAGGCGGCAGCUGGAGGCGGAGUGUGCCGCCGCCCGGGAGCGCUUGGCUGAGCUGGCCAAUGAGGAUCUCGAUCCUAUCAAGGAGCAGCCGCUCACGGCUGCAGGCGUGGAUGAAGUCUACAAACGGUUCAAGAAUAUCGAGGGUAAUUUCAAACAGUUUGGAGAUGGAGACCUUGCGAAACUUCAAAAGCAUGCUUCAGUGUUGUCAAAAGAUUGUGAUGAUGCUGACAAAGCGAAACUGAAAGGAAUUGUGCAAGGAAUUUGUGACGAUUACGAGAGAUGCCAGAAGAAGGUGCAGAAUAAGAUAGCUGCUCUGUCUGAUCUGUUGGCUGCGAGGAAAUUGUUCGAAAGUGACGUGGACAAGGCUGAGAGCUGGAUGAACGAGGCUGAGGUCGCUCUAUCGGCUGAUAUUCGAACUGGCAAUUUGGAUUUGAUGCAAGAACAACUGUCCAAGUACGCCAAGCUGAACGACGAGAGCGUGGCGGUGGGUCGCGACUUGGACAAGCUGUCUGACGCGGGUGCGCGGAUGAUCCUGAGCGAGCCAGACCGCCUGACGCUGACGGGUCAGCUGAACGCACUGCGCGACCGGCACUCGCGCAUCGGCGUCGCCGUCAAGGGACGCAUCAAGGCGCUGGGCGACGCCCUUGAGGCGGCCAAGUUCGCGCACGAGAAGGGCGAGCAGACGAUGAAGUUGGUGAGCCGAGUGCAGGCUGACAUGAAGGAGCUGUGCAAACCGGUUGGGAGCAGAGCUGAAGAUGUGCAGGGCAUGAUCGAUCGCUAUCAGGCCCUUCUCGACGAACUGAAAUCGUGGAAAAAUGGUCUGGGAGAUCUAGCGAACGUGGCCGAACUACAGGGAGUCACCCAGCAACAGAACGAUCUCAUCCAGUCGAUCGAAGACCAGAUCGCCAAGUUGCGACAACUGUUGCUCCUCAGGGAGCAAUUCUUGGCUCUCAUCACUGAGAUUGCAACCUUCAUCGCCAAGUACACAGAGGUGGUGCGUGAUAUUGAGAAGACUGGCACUUCUAUCGAAGACAAAAUUAAGAAGUAUGAUGAGGUGAUACUAAAAAUACAAGACAUUGAAGGACUUCUUGCUCAAGCGGCUGACAAAGGAGCUCAAAUCUCGACAGACUGCACAGCCGCCGAUCGCAAUGAAAUCACUCAACAGCUGCAAUCGUUGAAACAACAGGUGACUGGUCUGAGGAGAGAAGUUGAGAAGCAGCGUGAGCAGCAUGAGAUGACAGCAGCGGAACAUAAGAAGCUGGCAGCUGAGUUGGACCAAGUACUGGAGUGGCUGCAUAAGCAUGAGGCCGAAGUGCAUUCUAGGCCACUGCUUGACAUUGAAAUCGCCAGCGUCGACAGAGAACAGGAAAAGCAUAAGAAACUGGUGGAGGAUGUUGGCAGCUACUUGGAUCGGAUAAGAGCGGUGCAGGAGUCGCUGAAGCAUGACGACCUGUUGCCAAGUUCGCUGUCCGAGCGUAUCAGUGAGGCUUCCUCUCUGCUCACCAUCCUGCCGAACGAGUUGGCCGAACGACAAAAGUACUUGGACAACAACAGAAAGUACAGAGAAGAGUAUCAGUCACUUUGUGAGAAACUGCACUCGUGGAUUCAAGAGGCUGAACAGAAGCUGGAUGCUGGAAAGGGUGGCGUAGACUUUGUGAAUGUUGCCAAGGAUUUGGAAACUCAUAAGGUCUACUUCAGCAGAGAACCAAGCAUGAGAGAAUUGGUUUCACAGCAGAUAAAGGCAGCCAGCGAUGAAAUCUGGCCCUCUUUGUCCAGCUCAGAGCAGGAAGACUUGAGUCAGAAGCAACAGCGGCUGACUCAGUUGUUGAAGAACACACUGAAUUUGGCUCGGUCCAGACAAGCACAACUCGAACAAGACUCUGAGGUUUGGAAAGACUAUCUCCAGUCGCUGGAUAAGGUUAAAGCUACACUUGCAAGGGCUAAAUUUGAUGAUGAGCCUGUUACCACUGCGGCUGGUCUCCAGUUCAAUAUUCAGAAAAUCAAUCAUGCACUGACUGACACACAAGUCAACAAUUUUGAAGUCAGCAAGGAGCUUGAGAGUGUUACCAGUGAUUGGAAUCAACUCAUACAUGACCUUGAAAAUAGGCGUGAUACGCUAUCCAAGUUUGCCACGCAGUGGGAGGAAUUUGAUAACAAAAUUCAUGCUUUCGAGUUACUGGUCAGCUCAUCUGAAGAGAAAGAGAAGAAUAUCGACUGCGCUGUUCGCUCCAAGUCCCAUUCUGUUGAAGUCAAACAAUCCAUUGAGGAGCUAUUGAAUCAACUGAAAGCGGCACAGCCUCAGCAUGAAGAGGUGACGUUCUUAUCGGGCCCAAUACUCGAUCACUUGCGACCUAUCUCUGAUUCAGCAUUCACCAGUCUUCAAGGAAGACUGCACACCAUGACAGAUGCCUACAAAAGAUUGAUCGAGUCAUUAGAAGAGAAGCUCAAGAAAGCCAUUGAUCAUCUGCUACAGUUUGAGCAGACCGAAUCAAAAAUCUCAGAUUUGAAAAGUCAACUCCAAAAUCUGCAGGAGAGAAUUUCCGAACUCUUCGUCUUUGGAGAGGACCAGAACGCUGCUGAAACUACUGUCAAGGAUCUGAACAUUGAGGUUGAGAAGUGUGCAGCUCAGAUAAAGGAUCUCAGCUCCAGUACCCGUGAUUCAUAUUCAUCUGCUCAGCAAAUUAUUCCUGCUGACAUUGCGCAAGAGCUGACUUCCCUGGAACUAUUGUCGGAAAACGUGGUCGGCCUGAUGGAGGAGAAAGGCAGAGAGCAGAAGCGAGCCAAGACGGUGCGCUCCGAUUACACUGUCGAUGUCGACGAGCUGCAGAACUGGUUGCAACAGGCUGAGCUCAAAGUGCAGGACAGAUCCGUUGAGCCGCAAAAGUUGAAGGAUUACAUACAGCAAAUUCAAGCCGAGCUUCCAAGUGCAACUGACAGGUUUGAGAGGGCUUCGAAGAAUGGCCAUAUCAUCUGUGAUAAGACAAGGAACGAUGAAGAGAAAAAACUCGUCCAGAGUACUUUGAAUAAUCUCAACGAGCAACUCAGCCUUGUCAAGACUUGGCUUGAAGAGAAGAAGACUCAGGUUGGUGAUUCGUUGGAUUCAUGGCAAAGGUUCCUCAGUCUUUAUCAAGCUGUUAUGAGUUGGGCUGACGAGAAAAAUAAAAUUCUCACUGAGAAGUUGCAGCUGACAACUCUGCCUGAAGCCAAGCAGAAGGCACACGAAUAUGCUACACAUGUGAAAUCUACGAAGCAGAUGGGCAAGAACUUGAGCGAAAUGAGCAAAGAACUAGAAACAAUAGCACAGACUACCAGCACUGGAGAUCUGCCCCAGAAAUUGGAGGAAGCUGAGACUGCAAAAACAGACGUCGAAUGUCAGCUUCUUGAGAGGCAUGCAUUGUUGAACGAGACAAGUGAAGAGUGGGAGCAGUGCGAGAAGAAGCUGAAGGACGUGAAGGCGUGGAUUGAGAAGUCGCGACAAAGUCUGGAUUCGGCUGCCAGCAAGAAGAAGCCGCUGCGUGAUCAGCACGCCAUGCGCGAGAAGAUGCUGGCCGACAUUGCCAUUCAACAGGCGAAAAUAUCCAUGUCUGUUGAAAAGCUGCAGGUGCAUUUCAAAUCUGGAGUAGGCUGUGAUAAGAAAGUUUCAGAGACGGCUGAAGAGCUGGGCCACGAGCUGGAAGCAUUGAACGCUUUGGUCAAAGAACAGUCAUCCGCAUUGGAUGCCACACUCACGCAAAUCGACAAAUACCAGCAGGAAAUACAAAACUUGAAGCAGCAAGUCGUUCAAGUUGAACAACAUUUGAGGACAGUAACCAGUCCCACCUACCUCCCCCAUGAUCGAGAGAAAGCCACCGAAGAACAAAAUGCUUGCCAGGAGAGAGCGAAAGCAUUCCACAGCAAGAUUUCCGCCCGGAUAGAACGGAUUAAACUUUUGGUCCAGCGUGGAACUCCAGACCUCAAUCCAUUAAUAGAUACUUAGCCUCCUUUCUCUACUGUACUGUCUCUCGCUUGAAAGCAUGGCAGCACAAGUCGUGUAUAUUAGGGCGCACGGAUAAUAGUUCACUCAUUUCGCCACCAGGCUCCGUGUAGCGUCCAAAUGACCCACAACAUCCAUAUCGGUCAUGAUAUUUUGCUAAUCUUUUUAGGCUUCUAAGUAGAAUACUGUUGUGACAUGGUUUCACAACCAAAGUUAUUAUUUAUUCGUUGUUGUUCAUUUUUCUGUAGAAUAUUUAUUGUAGUAGUUUAAGAAACAAAUAGCACUAGAAACGAAAUGAAUUGAGACCCGAUUAUCAUCCCCUUCGUUUAGGCCCUCGUGCAACAAGCUGAAACUAACAGGGAACGCAUUCAAAAAUUGGUGCGACAAUUACAAACCGCCGAUCCGUUCCUCGCCAAUUCACCAGAGAUUCUCAGUGUUUUAUCGUUUGUCAAGUCUCCGAAACUAGUCGAAAUUAAGGAGAAGCCAGUGACAAAACAGAAGACGGCAGUUGUCUCCGUUGAGAAGUCAUCAACAGUGGAUAAAUCUGCCAGUGAAUUGUUGGAUCCUGACAAGCUAAGUUAUGCUGAUAUCGCCGCCGGCCGAGUUAGUCCCAAUCCUUUCUCAGACGACUCCAACGCCACCGCUUUUGAGCCACUCGAAGCUACUCCACCUAUCACCCCUACCAUCUCAGAACCCGUUAUUGUUAUAAAAGAAUCAAGUCCUGCGGAAGCAGAACCUGUGCAAACGAAAACUGAAAUAACUGUCGAUAAUGCUCCACCGAGAGGAGAACGUCAAAGUAGAUCUACGAAGAAACGUGUACCACCAACAAAAGAAACUAAAAAACUGCCCCCACAAAAAAUCACCACGAAACCUAAAGACAGAAAGGAAAUUGAGGUUUUAGAAACAAUUGUCAAGUCAUCAUCAUCACUAGCAGCUCCUCAGCCCAGGCGUGGAAGGUCACCUAGUCCUAUGUGGAUCAGUGGAGAGUCACUCACUUAUUCCGAAGUAGUUAGAGGUGGUUCCUUGUCAAGACCACAGAGUAGAUCUGCUACUCCAGAUCAAUUCAAGAGUAUACCCUCCAAGCUAACGAAGGUUCAUCAUGAAAUUACACCACAAAUUGUUCAGGAUAACUUGCCUACACAAACUAAGAGUGUGAGUGCUCCUGUUACUCAAACCUACCAAACUCCUCAUGAUUUCAGUAGAAAACCACCUGUUGAACAAAGUGUGCCUGUGCAAACGAUGUUACCUCCUGAAUCAAUUCAGUACAAUCCUUUCAACCAGACUGUUAUCCAUAGCACACUGAAUUAUUCAGCAGAUAUUUUCCAGCCUUUCAUUCCUCCUCAAGAUGGAGUAUCGAGUUUUAUAGCGUCGGGACAACAGUUGAUGAGCUCCGGUUUGGGUACAUAUCUGAACAGUACUCCAGUUUACAGCCAAGCUCAUUUUAUUAGUUACGAGAGCACUGGAAUCCCACCCACAUCACUCGACUAUCAAGAGGAACAUCCAGUUCAAUUCAGUGUUGAAUCUCAGCAUUUUGUUUUCCCUCAGAAAGAAUGUAGUUAUCAGACUCUUGGUGAAGAUUUAGCAUACACCCAUCCGAAAGCAGCCGAAUCAGCUGUGAAUCCUGCAGUUGAAUUACCUGAAAACGAAAACAGUGGUGUAUCAUACGCUACAAUCUUAUCGCAAGGGUUAAGUGACAAGAAACCUGUUGACAAAUCAACUACUUCACCUGUUCUGCCCUCCAAAACAGCAGAUCAGGCUGAAACGCCUUCUCCUUCGCAUGAUGUUAUUGUCAUGGAAAGUGUAGAAGAUAUUACUGUCACUGAAGAUAAUGAAACCGAUUCAAUUCAAAAUAGAAAGUCAGGAAAGAGGAAAGGUAAAAACAACAAGCCUACUUCUCAAACUCAGAAACCUGAAGAUGCUAGUUUAGAAUUUAUUAAAGCUGAAAGUGAAAUCUUGACACCUACUGAUGAACCAGCUUCGACUGAUAAGAAUAAGAAUAAAAGUAAAGGAAAAACAUCAAAGCCAAGUAAAAGUUCUCUUGAAAAUGAGAAAAAUGUUGAAACAGAAGUAACCACCCCUCCAGCUGUUAAUCCCGAUGAAAUAUUGGGGAAAGUCAAGGAAUCACCUUUGGAGAGUGAAAAUGUCAAGCCAGACAAGAAAUCUAAGAAAAAAGGAAAGAACACCAACAAAACAGAGGUUACUAAAGUUGGUGAUAGUUCCAAAGAUAAUGAAAGUUCACAUUUGAACUUAGAAAAUGAUAAGUCAGUCAAUUCGAACAUCUUGACUGAUGUGGAGACCAAUGUUGUCAAGAGUUCAAAGAAGAAAAAUAAAAAUAAAUCGAAAUCAACCCCUAGCGUUGAGUCGACCCUUGAAAUCUCAACUCAUAGUAUCAAAUCAGUAACAGAUGAGUUGAUUUCUGAAGAGAACUCGCCCAUUGCACAUAGGACUGAGGUGAUAAUUGAAGUCAAGCCAUGUGAAAUCACAAAAUCUCCACCAAUUCUUGAGAGUAGCAGCACAGGCAUUGAUACUCCAGCUGGGAAAACCUCCAAAAAGAAGUCUCCAAAAUCCAAAAAUACUGAUAAAAUCACCGCAGAAAAAACAGAUGACAACAAAUCUGAUGAUGCAGCAAUUGAUGAUAAGAAAGACACUGCCCAACAAGGAAAAUCCAAGAAAAAAUCUGGAAAAGCAAACAAAUCAGUUAUUGAGAGCAGUUCAGUAGAACAAAUAACCACCACAACUCCUCAAAUCGAGAAAGCUCCUAGUAAAAACAAGAAAAAGAAUGCCAAUAAUACGAAAAUCGAGUCUUCUGACAAUGCUGAUGAGAAAAAUAUUCACUGUGAGGUAUUGAUUGAAGAAUCACUCACCUUGCCAGAAAUUGACAAUGCUUUGAUAAAGGAAGAUAAUGAGAAGAAACAAAAAAGUAAGAAUAAGAAGAAAAACAAUAAAAAGAAUCAGAAUACCCCAGAAAUCACUUCUCUUGAAAGUGUUGUUGAUUCAACAGAACAAGAUGAUAAGGAGAAGAAACCAGAAGAUAAAAAUGAGAAA